GGCGAAGUAAUAUUAUCAAUUCAUCUCUCCCCAAAUUUUAUUAUUCUUUCUCAAGCUAACGAAAUUUCAUCUCUGAAUCGCGGUUAGGGUUUUCUCUUCUCCAUCGCUUCUUCUGUAAACCUCUUCCACCUUCCACUUCCUUAUCGGAUUCCCCGCAUCGAUUAAUUCAGGCGAUUUACUGGUGUCUGAUACGAUGGGGGCCUUCAUAUCGAGAUUCUGGUUCAUGUUAUUUCCGGCUAAAGAAUACAAGAUCGUGGUUGUUGGGUUGGAUAAUGCUGGAAAGACGACUACUCUUUACAAAUUGCACUUGGGUGAGGUUGUUACUACCCAUCCAACUGUGGGAAGCAAUGUUGAAGAACUUGUGUACAAGAACAUUCGAUUUGAGGUAUGGGAUCUUGGUGGGCAAGAGAGGCUUAGAACAUCAUGGGCAACGUAUUACCGUGGAACUCAUGCAGUGAUUGCAGUUAUAGACAGUACAGAUAGAGCAAGAAUCACCAUCAUGAAAGACGAGCUCUUCAGAUUACUCGGUCACGAAGAUCUUCAGCAAGCUGUGGUGCUGGUUUUUGCAAACAAACAGGAUCUUAAGGAUGCCAUGACUCCCGUUGAAAUCACCGAUGCUCUUUCACUCCACAGCAUCAAGAAUCACGACUGGCAUAUCCAAGCUUGCUCUGCCCUCACCGGGGACGGUCUAUACGAUGGUCUCGGAUGGAUUGCACAGCAAGUAACCGGUAAAGCACCUAGUUGAUAAAGAACUCACUGCUUGUGAGAUUCAUUCUUACUUGUAAUCUUGUUGUUAAACUCCUCACCUUUACACAAGUCUGAGAGCAGUUUGCAUCUCCUGUUUAAUUCCAUUUUGAUUUCAGAGUUGUAUUAAAUAUUUUUUUAAAAAAGAUGGAGCAAUAUCAAAAGAAUUGGGUUGAAGGA